UCUGGGUCAUCGCAGGCUCUAUUUCAGAUCGCUCUGCCGUCUGCCGUGCGCACUGUUGCUUGCACUGUUCGCCUCAUUCCGUCCGCUCCUCUUCAGAGGUCCAUCGACCGCUUAAGUGAUGAAAGCAACGCGUAGCGGCAAAGAGUCCCCGGAGGAGUUUCUGACGGCCGAGACGGAUGCACAGGAACGGGGUAUGACGACCAUGAUGACCAUGAACAUCUCUACCCUGUACUCGGACCACAAGUCUGCCGACCAGACCGCGGCACUCAGUGAGGAGCGCAGGAGUCGACAGCCAGGGGCCAUCGUUACAGCGACUGUGGUCAGGACCGCACUUGUUGGCGUCUCGAUCUACCAGUCCAAGGCGCUCAGGCAGUGCGGGUCCUUCUCAAUCCUGUUCCUCCUCUUGCUGCUCCUGUGGCUGUUCACCUGGCUGGCGACGGGUAAGUCGGGAAGGACGACGACUGCCACCGCGAGUGCCGAGACGUCCAUCGUCGCCUUCGACACCACGCAUGCCCCGAUAAGCAACGAGGCAAUCGACACCACGCACGCCCCGACAAGCAACGAGGCAACUAACGGGACGGUGCUGUUGGACGGCUUCGAGACACUGUCGCUGCUAAACGACAUGACGGUGCCCAACCAUGUGCUGGACAUAGACUCAUUCCCUGAAUGACCAUGGGACUGUGCGCGCCGGUGUCGGCAAAGGCCUGGUGCAAUAACCUAUGCUAUCAUCACCUGAAGAUGUGUGCCUUCCAUGUUAUUAAAAUAACUAU